AUGCGCGUCACCCGGUCCAUGACGCUCAACGAGCGCCACAACUCCAACCGCGGCCUCCUACUGCUCUCCAACGACCUCCUCCUCCUCAUCUACCUGCAAGCCGGCAGCCUCGACGCCGUCCGCGCGCUCAUGCGCGCCUCCCGCCGCCUCUGGGCCACCUUCAACACCAACCCGGUGCUCAUCUUCGAGUCCGCCCUCGCCAAGUCCACGCCCGACCGCGUCGCCGCCGUCGUCCGCGCCGUCUGGAACCUGCGCUGCCGCGCGCACACGCCCACCAUCACCCUCCGCGCCAUGCGCUCCAUCGACGACCCCGCGCACCUCCCGACGUGGACGCCGCCGCCGCCGCUCCACCCGCAGGUGCCGGCCGCCUUCGUCCGCGACUUCAUGGCCCUGGCUAGCCGGAUCCAUGGGCUGGCGCACCUCAUCCUCGACGACUGCCUGGCCAGCCUCGUCUCCGUCCAAGAAGAAGACAAGCUGUCCCCGUUCCCGAUGCUGUACCCGGAGAUGCAGCCGUCGUACCCGUACAAGCACGGCCGCGCGCCCUGGGUGGACGCGACGCCGUUCCUGGCGCCGCCGUCCUGGGCGGAGGAGCUGCGCAUGAUCCACGGCCUGUGGCUGUGCGAGUUUCACAACGCGCUGCUGGAAGCGUGCGCGAGGGGGUACGGCUGGGUCUGCACGGAACUGGGCGGCCUGGCCGCCGGCGACCGCCGGCUGGAGCGCUUCUUCCUCAACAACUGGACCGGCACCUUUUGGACGAUCCACCACGGCCUGGACGCGCUGCACCGCCGCCACCAAGCGGCGGCACCCACCGCCGCCGCUGAGCUGCCGUUGUCCAUGCCGAUUCCUUGGAGGCUGCGGCCGGCCGACGCGGAGCGCGCGCGCAAGGGGGCGCGCGGCUGCUGGGGCGCGCCCCCGAUCGCCCCCGGGGCGAUGUCGUGGGAGGAGAUGCUGGAGAGCGGGCCGGAGACGGAUGGAUACAGGUUCCUGGUGGGCCUAUCGGCGGGGACAGCGGCGGCGCCCGUCUUCGCGCACCUCGGCGUGCUGCACUGGUGCCGGUCACGGAUGCACAGCCUAGGCCUCGUUCACGGCGGCGAUGACCGGAUCCCCCGCAUCUGGUACCCGCGGCUGCUCGACCACUGGCUCUCGCUGCUGCUGCCGCAGGUGCGCGAAUGCGGACUCGCUCUGCUGCCACCGUUCUGGUGGAAGAUGACGAGCGAGCAAGUGCAGGAGCUGGAAUGGCGCGUAUAG